AAACACUUUAGGAGUGUUGUGUGCAGCCGAUCGUCACUCAGUACAACCCCGCAAGACUACAACAAGGCUGAGAGUGGGAGGGAGGACUUGGGAAGCAAAACAUGGCGAAAUAACAAGUUUGCCAGUACGCCGCAGUUUGAAGCUGCACUGUAUAUUGCAGUGUCGGAAUACAACUACCAAGUUCUGAAAAUUUGGACGCCGGAGAACGAAAUCAACGCCUAACUUUAAAGAGUCGAGGGCCCUAGUUUACAAGUAUUACGGUGGCUGGCGAGAGCAUAGUGCCUGCCUGUCUGUCUGCCUGCCUGCCUGUGUUUUCCCCGGAAGGUUGGCAGUGCUAGGCGCGACUGUCAACACAGAAAAUGGAUGAAGAAGUUAAGUUUAUUCUGGAAAAAGACUGUUUAGCCUGCUAGCUUAGCCACGUUAGCUAAUCAGUUACCGUUAACGCUAGGUUUAGACCGUUCGCUCGCACCUGACUCUGUAGUUAUUCAGAUUACCGUGCGCCUUUGCCCCGAAACUGGGGAAUAUUUAAGUCGUGUUAACAAGUUUGACAACUGCAGUUGCGUAGAAUCGUGUCUCAAAUGAGGGUAUUAUUGUAUUUUUCCGCUCUAAUCUUCAAGUAAUAUUCUGGGAGGACGUCUAUUUUAGGCUAAUAAUGCCAGCUUGACAGUCGGUUCUGGUGCGGUGCGGACGGACCCGGACGCCAUCACAUCAGACGUUGCGUUCUCCUUAAAAAAACAACCGUUGCGUCGUGAGCAGUAAAUGUUAUUUUUACUUUAUCAAACAUAAUAAGGAAUGUCUCAGUGGUAGUGGUAGUUUUUUUCUGUUUUUUUUCCCGCGACACGCUUCAUUUUAUCCUGGAUAACAUUGGCUGUAAUGUUAUACAGCAGCAGUCAAAAUGAACGCAGCAAGGUGUUCAACAACAGUGGAGGUGCAUUGCAUUGAAAACCUGCCAGUUGUUAGAGCGGUGCCGAUGGCCGGCUAACGGUGACGUUGACAGUUUGUUGAAAUCUCCAAUUUUAAGUUGAAUGUGUUUUUUUUGCUCAGAUAUAGCUACCGGCAUUUCUGUAAAAACAACUGCGGAUAACAUUAUAGGUUUCGGCUAGAGUUGACGUGAGCUAGCCAGCUGGGUGCGUCUGUGGCAGCUCUAUCUGCGAUGUGUUUGCUAAUCUAAGUGCUACCGUGUUGUUCAGCAACAUUUCAGCAUAUCGGAAAGCCCGUUUGCUAUAUUUUCUCUACAGUAAAGCCAUUUCGAGCUCACUUAACCCGCCACUUAAAAAUUUCCCCAAUCACUUCUUGUCAAAUAAGUGGCUAACUUGUUAGCUAACGUGAUAAGUUUCGCCAGCUAUGUCUGAAAACGCCCCCACACGAAGCCUGGAUGACAUAGACCUCGCAGCUCUGAGGGAUCCAGCAGGGAUCUUUGAGCUGGUCGAGGUUGUCGGCAAUGGGACAUACGGGCAGGUGUACAAGGGCCGUCACGUGAAGACGGGCCAGCUGGCUGCCAUCAAGGUGAUGGAUGUUACAGAGGAAGAGGAAGAGGAGAUCAAAGCAGAAAUCAACAUGCUGAAAAAAUACAGCCACCACCGCAACAUAGCCACAUACUACGGUGCCUUUGUCAAGAAGAGUCCACCAGGACAUGAUGACCAACUCUGGCUGGUGAUGGAGUUUUGUGGGGCUGGGUCAGUGACCGACCUGGUGAAAAACACUAAGGGCAGCUCUCUGAAGGAGGACUGGAUUGCUUACAUCUGCAGAGAGAUCCUGAGGGGCCUCUCUCACCUUCACGCCCAUAAAGUCAUCCACAGGGACAUCAAGGGCCAGAACGUGCUGCUAACAGAGAAUGCCGAGGUCAAACUUGUUGAUUUUGGGGUGAGCGCUCAGUUGGACAGGACCGUGGGGCGUAGGAAUACCUUCAUCGGCACACCUUACUGGAUGGCACCAGAGGUCAUUGCCUGUGACGAGAACCCUGACUCCACCUACGACUACAGGAGCGAUAUCUGGUCCUUGGGGAUAACAGCCAUUGAGAUGGCAGAGGGAGCUCCGCCAUUGUGUGACAUGCACCCAAUGAGAGCCCUCUUCUUGAUUCCCAGGAAUCCCCCUCCUAAACUUAAAUCCAAAAAAUGGUCCAAGAAAUUCAUUGACUUUAUAGAGGGCUGUCUGGUGAAGACAUACCCCAGCCGACCAUCCACAGAACAGCUGCUCAAGCACUCCUUCAUCAGGGACCAGCCCACUGAGCGCCAGGUCCGAAUCCAACUCAAAGACCAUAUUGACCGUACUCGUAAGAAAAGGGGAGAGAAAGAAGAGACCGAGUAUGAGUACAGUGGUAGUGAUGAGGAGGAUGAAAAUCGUGGUGAUGACAGAGAGUCAAGCUCAAUCCUCAAUGUGCCUGGUGAGUCCACCCUGAGGCGGGACUUCCAGCGUCUGCAGCAGGAGAACAAAGAGCGCUCGGAGGCUCACAAACGGCAGCAGGCCCAACUGGCUGCGCAGCGCAGGGACCCUGAGGAACAUAAGAGGCAACUGCUGCAUGACCGACAGAAACGCAUCGAGGAGCAAAAGGAGCAGCGCCGCCGACUUGAGGAGCAACAGAGAAAAGAGCGAGAGAUGGUGAGGCAGCAAGAAAAAGGUCCCCAUCGGAGACUCGACGAUAUGAGACGGGAGGAAGAUAGAAGGUUGGCUGAGAGGGAGCAGGAGUUUAUAAGACAUAAGUUAGAAGAAGAGCAGCGGCAAUUAGAAAUCCUUCAGCAGCAGCUGCUUCAGGAGCAGGCACUGCUUAUGGAGUAUAAGCGCAAGCAACUGGAGGAGCAGCGUCAGUCGGAACGGCUGCAAAGGCAGCUGCAGCAGGAGCAUGCUUACCUGGUGUCCCUGCAACAGCAGCAGCAGGAAAAGAAGCCCCAGCUCUACCACUACAACAAAAACCUGGAGCCCAACAACAAACCCACUUGGGCCCGUGAGGUGGAGGAGCGAAGUAAGCUCAACAGACAGGGAUCACCCAAAAUCUGCACCACAGUCUCCGACACUGCCAUCCAGUCACGCUCAGACUCAAUCAGCCAGUCAGGAGUGGUCCAGUCUGCUCAGACCCCACCAAUGCAGAGGCCCGUUGAACCGCAAGGGGGGCAGAGCAAGUUCCAGAUGGCUCACUUGGUUCCACUGAAGCCUUAUGCUGCCCCUGUCCCUCGCUCCCAGUCCCUCUGUGACCAGCCCACUAAGACCAUGUCCGCCUUCCCCACCCAGGAUCCCUCCCUUACGCCCACACCCCGCCCCAUCCACUCUAGAGAGCUGGUUCGUCAGAACUCAGACCCCACCUCUGAGAACCCAGCACCACAGGUACACCAAAUCAGAGAGGAUCGUGGGCCCUGGAUCCGCCUGCCAGAUGUGGAACUCCCACCCAAGAUCCCCCAGAGGACAGCAUCUAUUGCCACAGCUCUCAACACCAACCUGACCUCUGGCAUAAGGCAUCCAGUGAGAGCCAGCAAUCCAGAUCUCAGCCGCAAUGAUCGCUGGGAGAGAGGAGACAGUAUCAGCAUCAUAUCCAAUCUUCCCCAGACCGGCUCUCUAGAGAGGCAUCGCAUCCUCAGUUCCUCCAAAAUGGAUUCACCCAUUCUCUCCCAUGACAGUCGUCACAAGCCGGGGGAGUCUCGCACUUCCUCUCGCCCCGGGCGCCCUGCUGACCACGGCCUCUUUGCGAAGGAGCGCGCCGAGGAGCAGCCGAGGCCACCAGUCAAGGCCAACGAUUACUCCUCCUCCUCAGAGAGCAGCGAGAGUAGCGAGGAGAGCGAGAGCGGCGAGGGAGCAGAGGAGGAAGAGAGCCCCACAGAUCGUCACAGGGAUGCAGACACCGAUUCAGUCAACACCAUGGUGGUUCAUGAAGACGAGGGUGAGGGGGGAGAAGGAGAGCAGGCUGGAGGUUAUGGAGAUCAGACCAUGCUGGUGCAGAGGACCCCAGAGAAGCGGAGCCAUAAUGGAUACACUAACUUGCCAGAUGUGGUGCAGCCCUCCCACUCCCCCACUGAUUCAGCCACUCACUCUUCCCCUGGGAAAGACUCUGUGUAUGAUUAUCAGUCCAGAGGUUUGGUUAAGGCAUCUGGCAAGUCCUCCUUCACAACCUUUGUGGAUCUGGGCAUGUACCAGUCACCAGGAGGUACAGGAGAUAACAUGUCCAUCACUGGCUCCAGGUUUGAGCAGCUGAAGAUGGAGGUGAGAAAAGGAUCCAUGGUGAAUGUAAAUCCCACCAACACACGUCCCCCCAAUGACACGCCUGAGAUCCGCAAGUACAAGAAGAGGUUCAACUCUGAGAUCCUGUGUGCUGCUCUCUGGGGUGUGAACCUGUUGGUGGGCACAGAGAACGGUUUGAAGCUGUUGGACCGUAGUGGUCAGGGCAAGGUUUACCCCCUCAUCAACUCCCGCAGGUUCCAACAGAUGGACGUCCUGGAGGGCCUCAAUCUGCUCAUCACCAUAUCAGGCAAGAAAAACAAAGUGCGUGUCUACUACCUGGCCUGGCUGAGGAAUAAGAUCCUCCACAAUGACCCAGAGGUGGAGAAGAAGCAAGGCUGGACCACUGUGGGCGAGAUGGAGGGUUGCGUGCAUUACAAAGUCGUGAAAUAUGAGAGGAUAAAGUUCCUGGUGAUUGCUUUGAAGAAUGCAGUGGAGGUGUAUGCCUGGGCGCCCAAGCCUUAUCACAAAUUCAUGGCCUUCAAGUCUUUUGCAGACCUGCCACACAGGCCUGUCCUUGUCGACCUGACAGUGGAAGAGGGUCAGAGGUUGAAGGUCAUCUACGGAUCUUGUGCUGGCUUCCAUGCCAUCGACGUGGACUCCGGAAACAACUAUGACAUUUACAUCCCAGUUCAUAUCCAGAGCCACGUGACACCGCAUGCAAUCGUGUUCCUGCCCAGCUCAGACGGCAUGGAGAUGCUGCUGUGCUAUGAGGACGAGGGCGUCUACGUCAACACCUACGGACGUAUCAUCAAGGAUGUCGUCCUGCAGUGGGGAGAAAUGCCCACAUCUGUUGCUCAUAUCUGCUCAAAUCAGAUCAUGGGCUGGGGAGAAAAGGCCAUCGAGAUCCGUUCUGUGGAGACGGGCCACCUGGACGGUGUCUUCAUGCACAAAAGAGCUCAGCGGCUGAAGUUCCUUUGCGAGAGGAAUGACAAGGUGUUCUUUGCGUCAGUGCGGUCUGGAGGCAGCAGCCAGGUGUACUUCAUGACCUUGAACAGAAACUGCAUCAUGAACUGGUGAAGGAUCAGCCGCUCUGGUCAGUGUGCAGAACCCAGCGGGGUUCGGAUAAGGAAGUGCAUCGGAAAUUCUCGCAAAAGAACGCAUGCACACAACACCUCUCUCUCUUUUUCUCCAGCUCACUGUCACUCACGCAUUCAUACUCCAAAGACACACACACACACACAUAAACACACAUGCUCUGAUACACAUACACACACACACAAACACACACACACAAUCUCUAAAUCCAUUCCAGCCUACACUCCUUAAGAUACAGUUUCUGCCGAGGCCCCCCUGAUAACAUUCUCCCUGGAAUCAUCAUGAAAAAUCACUGAUGAGCUUCAAAUGUUAAUACCAUCUAUUAAUUUGUACUGUAUAUAUUCUUGUCUUGAUUUACUUUACUUGGUGGACCUGUGUUCAGUCGUAACUAUUCAGUUUCUAAUUGUGAAGUAUGUUAAAAAACAUUCCUUGAUGGUUAUACAGUACAUUUUGAGGAAGGCAUUAUUUACCAAUACUGUAUGUGGAAAUGAAGCUGUAAAUAGAUAACACCUGACACUUAGAUUUCAAUCAUUUGCAGGGUUCUUACAGUAUAUUGCCUCCAUUCAGUGUGUUACCACAGGACACACGUAUGUCAAAUAAUGAAAAGCCGGCACACUCAUCUGCAGCGGCUUGUGGACCCUCAUUGUUUUGGGGCUCCUACAAUUUCAGGGAGGCUUAAAGGAAGAAAAAAAUAUUCACAAAGGGAGAUUUAAGUCAGGGCAAAGUAGCUUGUUUAAAUAUUUUUAGUUAUCUUUAGUAGACAGUAAACUAAAGUCCUGCAUUUCCACCAACCUUUUUCUGGCCUCAACGACAAACGAUGUUGCAACUCUUAAUCACAACGCGUAAGCCUUGAAUGCUUCAGAAGCGAAAUACAUUUCAGUUUAAAAACAAAUAAAUGAUAAAAACAAUCAGAGGUUUCAUAAAUGUGCAGUACUCAAAAAGUAGUAUCAGUACUGUGAAAUCUCCUGCUUUGCCUUUUUUUUUCCACUGGUUUAGCUGAAACCAUUAAUUAUUUGACUCAUCAGGCUUGUAUCUAAACUUUUUUGUUUUCAUAGAUUUACAAAAAAAAAAAACCAACAAUGAUAUUUAUAUGUAGUGAUUCUGUAUUGGUAUUAGCCUACUGGUAUUCUUACUUUUACUCUACUGUAAUUAUAUUGCUAUUAUAUUGCAAUAUACACUAUUCUUGUGGAGUCUUUGUUUGAAGAGGGGAGUUUGUGCAUUUGGCUGGUAGUGUUAGGGAAUAUGAUGACAUAACUUUGGAGGAGAGAGAGCGGGACGGGACGUUUGUCAGUAAAGGAGGACGUUGGGAGAAACGUGGUAGGUGGGUGUCACUGAGAUCAUAGUGAUCGAGGGAGAUCAUUUUCGGGGACCCUCCUACCACGCUGAUCUACUCUACUGUAUAAUAUUUCAGUUUUAUUUCAUUUGUGUGGCUCUUUUGUGAGAAGUGUUUGUCUAGGGGAUUGCAAUAGAACAGCUCUUAGUGUUUUACAGUUGAUAUUUGUCUCGGGCCAGUGGAAAGACUUAGUUUAGGGUGACUCUGCAGUACAACAGAGGACUCCCAUCUCAUCAGGCACUUUGGAGAACAUUGCUGGAAACACAUGAGACUUAAUAUAUUUUAUAUCUAUACAUUCUGCCAAAGUUCACAGGAUAUUCUGCCACGGGGGGUUAUGAAUCAAGGCCAAAGGGAAUAAGAGAGUUUAAAUGACGAGGACAAACUCAUCCUGCGGAUCACUAAGCAAUGUUUUCCUCUCAGUAUAUGUAUACUGUACAUCCAUAUCAUGCUUUAUCAGCCUGUAUAUCUGCUGCAUAAGAAAAAUAACUGUGUGCUCUCAUACUCCAAACAGUAUGGUAGACGUACUGCAUGAGGCAGCGUUAUCAGGAAAUAGCUGGGGGAUUUUCUGACAGCAGUAGGUAGGUCAAUACAUGAAUCAAGCUUUUUGUUCAGUGAAUCACCAAGCUGCAACAACACCGUGCUGCCGCGCCUUGUUGACGUUAACAAGUUUAAAGUCAAGGUGGUUUUUAUCUUAUCAGCACAGAGUUGUUAGGAAAGUAUCAACAUUUUUCAACAAGGUAGUUCGUCUGCUUAUAAAUAAAUGCUUACAUAAAGAACUGGACUGUACAUUUUUCAUAAAACUGCCAGUAUGAGAAGCUUUUGGAUACUUUGAAGGGAAUCUUUGCUUAGUGAUCAACAGGACAGUCUGAUAAAAGUUACCCUUUUAAAGCUGAGGAGAUAUAUUUUAUACAGAAAGCUAUUAAGAAUGCAGUAUACGUUCAGGGCAGAGAGCUUUUAAUCAAAGAUGAUAUAAAUAGAUGGUUAAUUUAAUGGUUAGAUUAUAAAACAAACUGUACAUGGGCAUGGAAAGCACUUUCACUUAAGUAAACAUAAAUUUACGAAUAUAUCACAAGCAGAUACUUUGGUGUGCAUGUAAGCCAUUGAAAUAGAGUAUAUAGUACUGUAUCAAAGUUGUUUUCCCCUUUUUAGCAAGUGUGUUUCUAUUCUGAAAUUUCAGUUCUUUCCGUUAUGUGCCAUGACGUGUGUACAUUUCAAAUGUCACAGUUGCAAUUACACCAGGAGCUCUGGCACCUGUGCUUUUUAUGGUCAAAUCAUUCUUUUUUAUCAAUCUGCCAUGUUUACAGUUUAAGCAGUGCCUUGGAGUUGGGAAAGUGAGAGGUUUUAGGAUGAGUUAUGAGCCCCCCCUCCCCCACACACACCCUACACACACACACACACACACACACACACUUGUCUCUUACUUGAAAUCCCAUAAAGAAGAGACACAACUAUAUUUGCUCCCUCAGUAUGAUUAAUGUCCAGUUAAAAGUGCACUUAAGUCAAAUCCAGAAUAUCUGGUAGAUAGACUUGAAAUGCGUUUUUGACACACACAUAUAACACAUCAAAUUCACAGAUAUUAAUCAAUUCAGAAAGUUGCAAUAAAAAAAAUAAGUUAAUACAUGUCCAAUUAAUCCAGUGUAUCACGUAAAAGAUCUACUCACAGCGGGAGCCAGCAUAGAGAAAAGCCAUACGUAUGAAACCUGUUUUGUUUUAGAAAACUUAACUUGUACUUGUGCACAGAUCAAAUUAAACUCUGUGUGUGACGUAGGCUCUUGCAGCAAAGAUGAGGUUAAGCGCUUAUUCUUUAAUGAUGUUGAUCGUGUAAUCUUGUAGUGGGGAAAGUAGCUUGAUAUAUUCUGAGAAGCCUAUUUUAUAAAAUAUGUAAAUUAGUCUAUAUUGAGAAAUAAAAAGUGAAUGUACAUCUAUAAGACAGAUUUGUAUUUAUAUAAAAACGUGUACCGCUCUAUUAAUCAAAGCACAAUGUAUUUUACGGCAGAGAGAUCAAAGCUAUAACUGAGUGUAACAAAAAGACAGAGAUUUUCUUUUUUUUCUCAUUCUAGCGGUCGUCAAAACUCGUCGGUGUGUUAUCAGUCUAGUAGUUGGUUACAGUGAAGCAAGAAGUCAGCUGAGACAGCCGUGCGUAUGCGGACAGACUUUCUGCUGCGUUACCCUAAGAGUCGGCUGUGGCUGUGAUUCAGACGCUUAUUAAACCAGUGGUGACUCACAGAUAGGUGUUGGAUCUGGCCUCGGUGUAAAUUGCCCAUGUGGGCUCGACGGGGAUCAUCACACAGGUGGCGCAGUGAUGAUGUGAAGGGCGUAUUGGCCUUUGUUCAUGAGGUUAUUUAUUGGCUUCUGGCUUCAGGAUUAUAUCAGAAAAAAGACAGCGACUGGUCACAUUCACAGAAUGCCGACAAAGACAAUUAGUAUUAUAAUGUCUUUAUAAUGUAAAUUUCAUGUUUUGGUCACCAGGUGUGAAGGUGUGAAGUGUGAUUUUAAUACUGAGGUUGGUGCACAAAACACUAAAAACAGAGUGACGGUCAGACAUUUCCUCUGCCAUUUCGUUUGCAGCAUCUCAUGUGUUGCCUAGUAACAUCAUCCAGUGCACCUUUUUUUUAGGAAGGUGUAGGAGCUAAAAAUCUAAUUUGGCGUUUUAAUGUUGCUGAGUUUAUUUUUGAAAGUCUGCCUUCCCAGAGACGACAGACAGUGAUGACUUUUUAACUUUGGUUUUGUAUAACUGAACAUUUGAUGACACUGACAUGACAAAUAUAAUCAACACAUAUACUGACAUAAUAUAAAAAUGUAGUUGAAAUACUUGCUGUAUUUCUACCUUUGCUGUGGUGCACAAGCUUAGCGUGACACAUGACACAACUUCCAUUGACAAGUUAUAGAUGAUAAAAUGUACACUGGAGAUAUACACACAGCAAAAUACUUCACAAAGUACUAUUUGUGCUGCUUUUACAGGAAUAUUCACUCCAUGUAAAAGAAGCUCUUCAUAAAGAUUAAAAAAAAGCACCACCAUAUCACAUCAUAUAUUUAUUCUAACCAUCUUUAUUUCCUGAUUUGUGUGGACUGUUCUUCUGGAUACAAUUGCAAGUAGAUUCUUGGAUGUAAUUUGGACAUGACUUGUAGUAAAAUCAGACUUUUAUGAUCAUUGUUUUACCAAUAAAAAUAAUCUCAAAACUAGCUCCUAAAUCUUGUGACUCAACAUCAUAACUAAUGCCUUUUGAUAAUCAUCUACAUUUAGAUUUUGGGACUUUGAACUUCCAAAUAUGAAGUUUGUUGCCUCAUUUAAUGCAUCCUUCUAAUGGGUUGCUGUGUAUGACACAGAGGAGUAGCUCUGGUUUGGUGAAUUUCCCUAAAAGCACCGAAAGUGCUAUUUCAUUUUGUGCCAAGAGCCAUUAAAACGCCUGAACCUCACAACUCUUUUUAUGUCAGUCUGACCAUAAGUGAAAGCAGAUUCGAUUGCUGGAUUCAAGUAACUCUGAAACAGCCAAGAUGCACAAACAAGUUUGCUGUCAGAAAGAGAGAAAGAGGCACCACUCAGUUGUAGACGGAGAGCUGAAGGUGUAGAACAUUGUCCUGAGAAAUGAUAACAUUUCUUUUUUUAUAAGCAAUACAAGCAUUGGAACAAAUCAAAACGCUGUGGCUGUCCAUCUCAGUAUGACUUGUGAAGUGAUUCUUCAGUGGCCUUUGGCAGACUGAAUGUAGGCUGGUUUGUGUGUCGCUUGCUACAGAAAUCGUUCUCGCUUUUUUUUUUUCUUUUGUCUGUAAUCCCAAGAAAACAACUGCUUCUCUCUGUCAGUUUAACACAAUCAACUGUUGGGAUGCUCGUUCUUGUUUUUGCCGUAAUGAAAUCCCAGAAAUUGCCUUUAUGAACUCGGAAGUGUCGAUAAACAGACGGUAGAUAAUAUUCUUAGCUUGUAUUUCUAAUUCUAAUCAAGUGUGAAUGGAUUAGCAGCUGUAGCUGGGUGGGAGUGAGGCUGAUCAAACUUGGGGAGCUCAAAAACAGAAAUCUUUGGACAGAACUACAAUAUCUAUUAUUCUUUUUCAAUAACUUUUUUUUUAAAGACAGUAAACAUUUGCAAUGUUUUAGUGUGUGCGCGCGUGUCUGUGUUACUCGUGAGAGGUUAACUCUAGAUUGUAUUUCAUAGACUGAUAAACUUUAAACUUUCAAAAGAUUGUGUUGAAUGAAUUCAUGUCUUAAUACAGAAUUGUUUGAAAAAUAAAACACAUUGAUCUCA